AUGGUUUCUCUCAAUCUCUUCCGGUGUCACACGAGAACAUGGGCCAAGAGAGCCUGCGGAUUACGAGGAGGAGGAGGAGCUUUAUUUGGAACCCUCUUGGCCUCGUCGUGGUUGGCUCGAGUUCCAGAUCAAGCGAAAGCUCUAGGAGCAAGCAAGCAAGCAAACAUGUCGUGGAUGAAAGGAGAUUUACUUUCCAAAACAAGGAGGCUUGUUGGUGGACUCGCUUCUCGAGGGUCCGUUUGGCUUAAAGCCAUGGAAGCUUUCUUACUGUUGAUGUUUGAUUGUAUUCUAUGGCAGAUCACCUCGUUUCCUCGCUCUAAUGGGAACCUCAAGAAGAUUGUUCUCCCUGAAGAUCCUUACGUUCGUGGAUUUGCUCGUACGCAUCCUGAAGCUAGACUCGUCGACCCCAACAAGGUGUCAGCGUUUAUUCCUGAUCCAGCACGAGUUUAUGGUUGUCGGGUCCUUGAACUGACCAAGAAUGCCAUCAAUGAAGAUGACGCCAUGUCUGUAGCUAAUGUACGUGCUUUCUUUUAA